AUGCUGCGCCAGACGCAACCCGACUUUCGCUCAGGCGACGAGUCUCUUCGGGAGCCUCCUCCGAGAAAGCGCUUCGCGGAAACCUCGUCCACCUCACCAGCGCCUCGAAGUGCGCCAUUGAAGACGCAGCGCAAAGAGCCCACGCCACCUAGUACCACACCCCUUAAUCCUACCGAGCCCCCACAGGUCCCAUCACCACAGGACUCGAGCAGUCCAGAACUCACUGUGGCAGCGCCGGGCUCCACCCAAGCAAUCACGCACAUUGUGCUCUUCAAGUACAAGCCCAGCAUAUCAUGGGAGGCCUUUGAGGAGCACUUCGAGACCUUCAAGGCAGUCCAACAUCAAUGCCUCCACCCGGUCACGCAGAGGCCCUACAUGGUGUCGAUGCGCAUGGGCAAGAACCGGAGCUGGGAGCCCUUCUCCAAGGGCAUGACACACGCGUUCGUGCCCGAGUUCGCCUCGCAGGACGACCUGGACUACCACUUGACAAGAGACCCCGUGCACCUCGAGUUCAGCCGCAACGCGCACCCCCUGAUCGAGGACAGCCUGGUGGUCGACAUUCGGGACGGGGUGCUGUUCGGCCCGGCCGCCAAGAGGCUGCCCGGCGUGACGUUCCCCGGCGAGGGCGGGAGGACAUGGAAGGGCGCGUGCCACUGCGGAGGGUGCGAGUGGGAGGUCAGGACGGACGGCGAGGACCUUAAGCAUGUGCUUUGUCACUGCGACACGUGCAACAAGCUCGGUGGGGGCCCGUACUCGUGCAACUACAUCGUGCCCAGGGAAGACCUGAAGGUGACCAAGGGGAAGCCGAGUGUCUAUACGUAUCAAGGCGCAAGUGGCAAGGACGUGAGGUGCUUCUUCUCCCCCACGUGCACCUCGCAUAUCUACCACCACCAAGACGCCAUGGCCGACAAGGUUAUUGUCCGAACGCUGCUGCUUGAAGGUGGAAACGAUUUCGAGGCCGGCGGCGAGAUCUUCCCCGAAGGCAAGCUGAGUUGGGUGCAGGACCUUAAGGAUAGCUUGGAGCCUGUCCCGGUGAAGAAGGCUGUCAACGGAGUCAAUGGAACAAACGGGGUGUAA